CCGCCCGCCCGCGCGCCUCUCCCCCUCCCGCCGCCCCGCUCGCGCCGCGGCGGGCGAAGCCCCGGCGACGGGAGGGGGCGGGGAGCGGCGGGCGCCCGAAACGGCCCUGCGGCUCAGAGCGCCGCGCGGGAAGCGGCACGAGCCCGAGGGGGUGGGGAGGCGCGGGCGGGCGUGGGCGCGGCGGGAGUAAGACGAGCGGGCGCGGCGGGAGCGCGGGGCAGAGGGACGCCGGCCACCCUGGACAGCGCACCGCCGGCCGCCCGGGCCGCCGACCAUGGAGCAUCUAAAGGCCUUUGAUGAUGAAAUCAAUGGAUUUUUGGACAAUAUGUUUGGACCUCGGGAUUCUCGAGUCAGAGGUUGGUUCAUGUUGGACUCCUACCUUCCUACCUUUUCUCUCACUGUCUUAUACCUCCUUUCGAUAUGGCUGGGCAACAAACACAUGAGGAACAGACCUGCUCUUUCCCUCAGGGGCAUCCUCACCUUGUAUAAUCUUGGAAUCACACUUCUCUCCGCGUACAUGCUGGCAGAGCUUCUUCUCUCCAGCUGGGAAGGAGGCUACAAUUUGCAGUGUCAGGAUCUUAGCAGCGCAGGGGAAGCCGAUAUCCGGGUAGCCAAGGUGUUAUGGUGGUACUACUUCUCCAAAUUAAUAGAGUUCCUGGACACAAUUUUUUUUGUGUUGCGGAAAAAAACCAGUCAGAUUACGUUUCUUCACGUAUACCAUCAUGCCUCUAUGUUUAACAUCUGGUGGUGCGUUUUGAACUGGAUACCUUGUGGGCAAAGUUUCUUUGGACCCACCCUGAACAGUUUCAUCCACAUCCUCAUGUACUCCUACUAUGGCCUUUCUGUGUUUCCAUCUAUGCACAAGUAUCUCUGGUGGAAGAAGUAUCUCACGCAGGCUCAGCUGGUGCAGUUCGUGCUCACCAUCACCCACACCCUGAGCGCCGUCGUGAGGCCCUGCGGCUUCCCCCUGGGCUGCCUCAUCUUCCAGUCCUCGUACAUGCUGACGCUGGUCAUCCUGUUCUUAAACUUCUACGUGCAGACAUACCGGAAAAAGCCAAUGAAGAAAGAUACGGAAGAGCCACCUGCAGGGAAAGAAGUUAAGAAUGGUUUUUCCAAAGCCUACUUCACUGCAACGAAUGGAGUAAUAAACAAGAAAGCACAAUAAAUGUCAAAGUUUCCCAGAGGCUACCUGAUGUGUGGUGUCACGAUGGAUUGAAAUCAGAAGCAGAUAUAAAGUCUUCUAUGAAAGAGAUUUGAAAAAACAUAAAACAAUACUACUCUUCUCAUAGUUCUUGAUUUGAAAAGUCCGGUUAUUUUUCAUAAAAAUUGUUAUUUACAUCAAGAUGUAAAGAUUUAUUACUGUUCUUUUUAAAUAAAUACA